CCUGCCUUCAGUUCUCCCCUCAAGAGCUCCUGUUCGCACACAGGACAAAAAGGCCGGCUGCAAAACAAAAUUAAGUAAUCAUGGUGAAGCGUGUUGCAGUUAUUCUGUCAGGCUGUGGAGUUUACGAUGGUACAGAAAUCCACGAGGCCUCAGCUGUGCUCAUCCAUCUGAGUCGUGCCGGAGCUAAAUUGCAGAUGUUUGCUCCAGAUGAGGAUCAAAUGCAUGUUGUUAAUCACUGUGUGGGAAAACCUACAGAGGAGAAAAGGAACAUUCUGCAGGAAAGCGCCCGUAUCGCCAGGGGCGAUGUGACGGAUCUGGCCGAGCUGGAUGUCUCAGCAUUUGAUGCUGCCAUCAUUCCAGGAGGGUUUGGUGUUGCUAAGAAUCUGUGUGAUUGGGCUGUGAAGAACAAGAACUUCACCAUCCAGCCUCUCCUGGAGAAGCUAAUCAAGGAUUUCCAUAAAGCUGGAAAGCCUCUGGGCAUGUGCUGCAUUUCUCCUGUCCUGGCUGCAAAGCUGCUGCCUGGCUGUGAGCUCACUGUGGGGCAGGACAAAGAGUGUGAAAAGUGGCCGUAUGCUCAGACAGCUGGAGCUAUGAAGGACCUGGGCUGCAAACAUGUGAACAAAGAGGUGGAUGAAGCUCAUGUUGAUGUCAAAAACAAGCUGGUCACCACCUGUGCCUUCAUGUGCAAUGCUCCCUUUCACAAGAUCUUUGAUGGAAUCGGCGUUAUGGUUCAAGAAACCCUGAAACUUGCCUAAAAAGAUUGCUACUGUGUGAUCAGUGCUAUUUAUAUUGUCUGGGAAUCCAUGACUGGUAUUUGGGAGUCACUUAAGAAACUGUCACAAAAACUGUAUAAUAGCAUUGGUGAUAUUUUUCAAAUGAAUACAAGACCUUUAAUUUUCCACAACAUAGGCAAAAGACAAGUAGCCAAUGACCAGCCUAUUCAUUGUGCUAUUUGGAGUGCAGUGGGAAAAAGGUAUUCAGCUGUACAGUCCAGUUAAAUAAACGAUAGAUGGAUUUCACUUCACUUUUAUCCUUCAGGAAAGCUGUGAAGGUUUCCACAUACCGUUACUCAAAACACUUACAGACUUUUAAUAACAAGAUACAAUUCCAUGAAAUAAUUCCUUAGAAACAGUCUAGCUUGUCAAUUAUUUUAUUCUAAACACUCCCCAAUAGUAUGAAAAACCCCCUCUCCCUUAGACAUCUUCUAGCCUUGCAGCACUGAGGCGGGAAUGAAGGAAACUCAGCACUCAUUAAUUAUUAUAUGUAAAAGUGAAUUAAUAGGAGAUGGAUUUUUUUUUCCCACCAUGGUUCCACCCUUUUGAUUAUAAAAAAUAUAUAAUCUUUUUCUGUCAUUGAAAAAUAAAAAGCAAGAAGUCAACGAUGAUUGAUGAGGUUCAGAUGAGUAAGCAGGAGUCAGGUGUCUGUGUACUGGGAGUAAAUCAAUCUGUGGCAUAAAAUGUUCCCUUGGAAAUGAUUAUGACAGCUAAAAUAUGUUGCUAAUAAAUAGGGCCCUGGAAUCUCACUUCACUUUUUUCCCAUCAGAUAUUUUUUAUGCUGAGAAUGUAAAAACAUUAUUAUUUUUUAACUCUUAUCUUCAUAAGUUACCCUUUUUUCCUUAAAAGAGAAAAGGUCGAAUCAAUCGAAAAAUAGACUCCUUUAUGUAUACAAAGUGUAAGUUAAAUGUUUAAACCUAAACCUUAUGAGUAAAAAAGACCAAUCUC